CCAGUCCACUCGGGUGAGCGAGGCGCGUGCUGGUGGGGACAAAAGCCCACGCAGCUGCUACCAUUGCUCACUCGGGAGGCGGAGGGAAGCCCGCGCCACUUGCUGCGAGGAUAUACCGACAUCUCAUGGACUCCAUACUGGCACUACUCUCUCAUUAUGCGCGUCCCAUCUUAACUAACUUCCUUAGCCACCUGUUUUAAUGUGUUUUAUGUCUUUGCGCUCCACUGUGAGGUAGAGUGUUUUUGUUUUUGUUCUUGUCCACCGACGUUCCACUGUCCCGUGGAUGUUACCGCCGGGGUCGUUGUUCGAGUCCAGUGGGACCAGCCCGGUUCCUGUUCUUUCCAAACGGAUGAGGAUUAAAUCUGCGGAGAUGCUGCUCAUUCUGUGGCUUCUACCUCUGAGCGGAGCUGCUCCAACCGAGCAAGAGGACAGAGGGGUGGACUGGCUGAGCAAGUUUGGUUACCUGCCGCCCGCCGACCCUGUGACUGGCCAACUUCAGACCAAGGAGGCCCUCACCAAGGCCAUCAAGGCCAUGCAGAAAUUCGGAGGCCUCACGGAGACUGGAGUCUUUGAUCAAGCUACGCUGGGUCUAAUGAAAACACCCAGAUGUUCUCUGCCAGAUGUCUCUGAGACUGAAGUGACGGCGGGCCGCAGAAAACGAAGUCUGACUCCUCCCAACAAAUGGAAAAAGAGGCAUUUGUCAUGGAGAGUGAGGACCUUCCCAAAGGAUUCGGCCUUACUGGGCAGAGACACCAUUCGAGCCCUCAUGUAUUACGCCCUGAAGGUGUGGAGCGACAUCGCACCGCUGAACUUCCACGAGGUGGCAGGAAGCAACGCAGACAUUCAGAUCGACUUCACUAAAGCCGACCACAAUGAUGGAUACCCCUUUGACGGGCCAGGGGGCGCCGUGGCCCAUGCUUUUUUUCCCGGAGAGAGGUUCACCGCUGGGGAUACGCACUUUGAUGACGAUGAGGCUUGGACCUUCAGAUCACCAGACUCUCACGGGAUGGACCUGUUUGCGGUGGCCGUCCAUGAGUUCGGUCAUGCCAUCGGCCUGGUCCACACCUCAGCCAUGGAGUCCAUCAUGAGACCGUAUUACCAGGGUCCUGUGGGAGACCCUCUGAAGUAUGACUUACCCUAUGAAGACAAGGUCCGAGUCUGGCAGCUCUAUGGUGUUCGUGACUCUGUGUCCCACACAAACCACCCAGGCACCCCUUCCCAAACAUCUGAACCUCCCAUCCUGUUGGACAUUCCGCAAAACAAAUCCAUCCUGCAGCUUGCACGAGACACUCCAGACAGAUGCACCAGCUACUUUGAUGCAGUGGCCCAGAUACGCGGCGAGGCCUUUUUUUUCAAAGGAAAAUACUUUUGGCGUCUCACUCGAGAGAAGCACCUGGUGUCACUGCGUCCCGCUCAGAUCCACUGGUUCUGGAGGGGCCUGCCCGCCAAUCUGGACAGUGUGGACGCCGUGUACGAGAGACCCGGAGACCACAAAAUAGUCUUUUUUAAAGGUCUCAAGUACUGGCUGUUCAAAGACAACAUCAUGGAGGAGGGUUACCCCCGCCCGAUCAGCGACUUCGGCCUGCCUUUGGAGGGAGUGGACGUGGCGUUCGUGUGGCCGCACAACGAGAAAACCUACUUCUUCAAGGACAACCGCUACUGGCGCUACGACGACCACCUGAGGCGCAUGGAUGUGGGCUACCCUAAAGACAGCACGCUGUGGAAGGGGCUGCCGCCGCACCUGGAUGACGCCAUGAGGUGGUCUGACGGUUCGUCCUACUUCUUCAAGGGGAAAGAGUACUGGCGUGUGCCGAGCAGCGACAUGGAGGCGGAGGCGGGCUACCCUCGCCUCAUCGCCAAAGACUGGCUGCUGUGCACCGAAAUGCAGUCGGACUCUCCGGGCGCGGAGCCCAAAAGCACCGACACCAGAGUCAACGUGCGCCAACACCCGGACCACGCCGAGAACGGCUACGAGGUGUGCUCGUGCACAUCGGACACGGCGUCGCCUUUAGGUGCCCGUCUCUCCCCGUCCCCCUUGUGGCUGCUGCCGCCUCUCUGGACGCUCCGGCAAGCCCUCUGCUCUCAACCGCUAUGAUGCCAAAAGUCAUCACACAACGUGAGCGAGCACUCAGCAGAAACAGGAACAUUUCGAUCAGAUGAUUACUUUUGGAAUUAUUUAUUUCACAAUCCUUCUGGCAGCUUCUUCUGGGACACUGAAGCUGUUUUGUUUACAAAAUCAACAACAGAAAUAUUCUUGUGUUGCAUCCAGGAAGCAGGAAACAUGGGGGCUCAAAAACAAACUGUUACUUACGGUACAUAAACAUACAUUUUUUGUACUUUCCAAGAACCCAUCAUGUGUGUUUGCGUAUGACAGCGAAACAAGAAAACACAAGCGUUACUUAUUGUCACUGUCCAAUAACAACCGGGCGCAGCGGAUACCUGAUAUUCAAGACGGUUACAUUCAAAAACUCGCCCGCGAAUGGCAAAAAAACACACACAAAAAAAAAGCCUAGUUUUGAUACUCUAAACCAGAGGUGUGCAAAGUGCGGCCCGGGGGCCAUUUGAGGCCCGUUGUUUCUAAUUGUCAAAAAGAAAACCAAAAAAAAAAAAGCUGUACUACAACAAGCAAAAAAUUUUUAUUUCACAAGAACGUAGUGUAAUACUAUGAGGAAAAAUGACGUCAUUUUAGUAGCAUAAAGUUGAAAUAUUAAAGAAAAAAGAAAUUGUUAGAAAAAGUCGUAAUAUUAUGAAAAAGAAACAAAACAUCAAAUAAAUUUGCAAGUUUUGAAAAAUUAGGUUGUGUACAAAGUUAUGUUACAAGAAUAAAAUCAUAAUUAUGAGAAAAAAAUUUACAAGAGGAAACUUGGAAAAAAAAAAGUAAUUAACAAAAAAAAACAGGUGGAAUUUUAUAAGAAUAAAGUCGAAAUAUUAGGAGAAAAAAAAUUCUUUGAACGUAAAAAAAAGUCACAGUUUCAUGAGAAUAAAUGUGUAAUAUUAUGGGGAAAAAUAACGUCAUUUUAAUAGCAUAAAGUUGAAAUAUUAAAGAAGAAAGAAUUUUUUUUAAGUCGUAAUAUUAUAAGAAAGAAACAAAACAACAAAUAAAUUUGUAAGUUUUGGAAAAUUAGGUCGUGUACAAAGUUAUAAUGUUAUGAGAAUAAAAUCAGAAUUACGAGAAGAAAAUUUACAAGAGGAAACUAGGGAAAAAAACGUAAUAAAAAAACAGCUGUAAUUUUAUAAGAACAAAGUCAAAAUAUUAAGAGAAAAACAUUUAUUUGAACGUGAAAAAAAGUCACAGUUUCAUGGGACUAAACGUGUAAUAUUAUGAGGAAAAAUAACGUCAUUUUAGUAGCAUAAAGUUGAAAUAUUAAAGAAGAAAGAAAUUGUUAGAAAAAGUCAUAAAAUUAUGAAAAAGAAACAAAACAUCAAACAAAUUUGUAAGUUUUGAAAAAUUAGGUUGUGUACAAAGUUAUGUUACAAGAAUAAAAUCCUAAUUAUGAGAAGAAAAUUUACAAGAGGAAACUUGGAAAAAAAAUGUAAUUAACAAAAAAAAACAGGUGGAAUUUUAUAAGAAUAAAGUCGAAAUAUUAGGAGAAAAAAAAUUCUUUGAACGUAAAAAAAAGUCACAGUUUCAUGAGAAUAAAUGUGUAAUAUUAUGGGGAAAAAUAACGUCAUUUUAAUAGCAUAAAGUUGAAAUAUUAAAGAAGAAAGAAUUUUUUUUAAGUCGUAAUAUUAUAAGAAAGAAACAAAACAACAAAUAAAUUUGUAAGUUUUGGAAAAUUAGGUCGUGUACAAAGUUAUAAUGUUAUGAGAAUAAAAUCAGAAUUACGAGAAGAAAAUUUACAAGAGGAAACUAGAGAAAAAAACUUAAUCAAAAAACAGCUGUAAUUUUAUAAGAACAAAGUCAAAAUAUUAAGAGAAAAACAUUUAUUUGAACGUGAAAAAAAGUCACAGUUUCAUGGGACUAAACGUGUAAUAUUAUGAGGAAAAAUAACGUCAUUUUAGUAGCAUAAAGUUGAAAUAUUAAAGAAGAAAGAAAUUGUUAGAAAAAGUCAUAAUAUUAUGAAAAAGAAACAAAACAUCAAAUAAAUUUGUAAGUUUCGGAAAAUUAGGUUGUGGUCAAAGUUAUAAUGUUACGAGAAUAAAAUCCUAAUUAUGAGAAGAAAAUUUACAAGAGGAAACUAGGGAAAAAAACGUAAUCAAAAAACAGCUGUAAUUUUAUAAGAACAAAGUCAAAAUAUUAAGAGAAAAACAUUUAUUUGAACGUGAAAAAAAGUCACAGUUUCAUGGGACUAAACGUGUAAUAUUAUGAGGAAAAAUAACGUCAUUUUAGUAGCAUAAAGUUGAAAUAUUAAAGAAGAAAGAAAUUGUGAGACAAAGUCGUAAUAUUAUGAGAAGGAAACAAAACAACAAAUAAAUUUGUAAGUUUUGGAAAAUUAGGUUGUGUACAAAGUUAUAAUGUUACAAGAUUAAAAUCCUAAUUGCGAGAAGAAAAUUUACAACAGGAAACUAGCGAAAAAAAUUAACGAAAAAACAGCUGUAAUUUUAGUCAUUUUAGUAGCAUAAAGUUGAAAUAUUAAAGAAGAAAGAUUUUCUGUUUUAAACAUAAUAUUUUGAGAAAGAAACAAAACAACAAAUACAUUUGUAAGGCUUGGAAAAUUAGUACAAAGUUCUAAUGUUACGAGAAGAAAAUCAUAAUUACGAGAAGAAAAUUUACAAGACGGAAAAAAACAAGAAUAAACUCAAAAUAUUAAGACAAAAACAUUUAUUUUACAGAUCGGAGCACAGACGAAAGAACCGGUGUCUCCCAACUACAAACAAUGGCUGUCACGUAGCCAGACAGCCAAUCAGCAGCAUGGGCGUGUAGUUGUCCCGCCUCCGCCAAGAGCGAUGGCCACUGAAAACAGAGAGCUCCAAAUCGUAUUUGUUGGAAGAUUCUGCUGUGCCUGCUUUUCAUUGGACAGUGACGCUACAGUACGAUAAUUGGGAUGACUCACCAUUGAAGAACUGUUGGGGAAGAUGACGUAUUUUUUCAACAAAUGUAAGGAAUGCAUUAGUGAAUGUGAACAUGGCCCAUCCCAUCAGGCACGGGACGUUGACACGACGUUGACUAAACAUUCAUGACGUUGAACGUUUAAAGUUGAAAUGACGUUGCAAAAUAGUUGACAUUGAAUUGUAACAUUGAAGCAAUGUUGUACCGCAAGGUUGAAACAACGUUGCAAAAUAGUUGUAUUUACUAUUAUUAUUAUUAUUAUUAUUACUAAUUCUGUUUUCUCAAAUGUAGAGAAUCCAAAUGUCCAAAAAAAAGUUUAAUUAAGUGUUCAAAUUUGGAGUGACCAAAAUCGAACAGUCAACAGUCAGUGAAUAUAAAUGUCCGCAAAUGUAUUUUGUUUCAACAUUGUGAUUGUGUUGCUCAACGUCAUGACCUAAAUCAACACUUUGUCAACGCUGUUUCAAUGUCAUGUGCCUUUUUAUUAUUAUGGUUCCCAUCAUCAUUUUAUUUACUCUUUUUAUGUUUACUAUAUUGGGUAAUAGGAGUAUAAAGGUGACUAUAGGGGUGUUAUGUCAUGUCUAGAGGGCUCUAAUGAUGUUAAAAACCGUAAUUAGAAGGUUGUAAACAGGUUUUCUACGCUCUAACUAGAAAAAUAUUCCUUUCAUAAAUAAGAAGUUCUACUCUGCAAAGGUUCACUUACCACAGUCGGGUCUGGAACCAAUUAACUGCGAUAAACGAGGGAUUACUUUCACACAGGCAGCGUCCCGCCUCUGUUGUGGCUCUGUGAAAAAUUGCUUUGCCCGCCACAGAAAGUUUUUGUUUCCAGGUUGUGUCAGCAACAACAGAUGCUUUCUUACAUGGUUGUUUGUUUCCUUUUUUUUUUGUUUAAUCUCAUGUUUAGCACGACCGGUUGAGCUGAAGCCACAGACAUCCACAGUCUAAACUUGUACAAGCUAAUAGCUGCCAGGAGAACAUCUGGCUUCCACUUUUGGAGCCAAAGUUGCCAACUUUCAAAGUGAUGUUUUCCUCGCACAAAAAAAAAAAAGAAAAUCCCUUAACUGCUCCCCCGAGGAGGCGAGCGGCCGCUCUCGUUUUGCCUUUUGCAACACUUUAUCAAUUUCCCAUCUGCUUCGGCGGCGUCGCUCGCUCCCGCUGCCGCAUCUUUUAGAUUGUGUUGAUCAAGUCGUUGAGGCCUGAUUGAGUCGUUUGCUGUAGAGUUUCUAUUUCUCUAUUAGACCCGCUAUGUUGGACCGGAGGGGUUGUGCACUUCCUGCAAAAUCUAGUGUAUAUUUUAAGUUGGAUUUUGUAUUGUAAAAUAUUUUUAUAGAAAAAAAUAAAAAUGUAUGUGAGUGACGGAUCUCUAUUGAGGCACCGCUGUCUUCUUUUCUUAUGUCUUGUCUCGUUGCGCUUCAUCUUGUCAGUCAGCUCACACAUACACUUGCACACACACACACACACACACACACACACACACACACACACAACAGACGUGUUGGCACACGCGUACAACAACGAAGUGUUUAAGCAAAUGAAGUUGCUAGCUUACAAGUUAAUACGUUUAUUAGUGUGAAAACAACAAGCCUUAUUGCUCCACUGUAUGACUGGCUACUUUUCUAAAACCCCACACUGUAAUUUUUGCUAGUAAUGAUGUGUUUGUUUCCCUUGAGGGCUUUGGAUGUCCACUUGAAGCCGUAAGUGAAGCAAUACUCUUUUUCGCCAGUGGAUGGCAGUGUUGGCGAGAGGACGCGAUGAAGAACGUUGCUUUACGACCGUCGUAGAAAAACAUUACUAUUUUGGGUGAUAACUUCACUUUCUGUACGAUCAAUAAUUGCAAAAAAUCCUUUAUUGUAUUAUUUAAAUUGUAAGCAAACUGUUUUUAUUCUCUUUUUUUAUUAUUAUCAUUAUUGUUUGAGCCAGUCGCGUUUAGCAUGUAAGCCUCAAUUAAAACACAUGCUUUAUGUAUUGCU